AUGAAGACAGCUCCAGCAUUCAGGGCGACAUGCCAGGGCAGUUUCGAGGUUCCAUCACCCUCCUACUCACAGACGAAUCAGUCUCAGAUACAUGAGCGAUGGGAUAGUGGGCAUAUGCCGGUGAGUCCACAGACUACAUCGCCCGUAAGCCAUGGCUAUCCCGGAUUCAUCUCGCCUUUGACACCAACGCCUACAAUCCAGUCGCCGUUGGAGGUUAUCCCUCACCUCUUGUCGAGAAUUGGGCCUAACACGGACGUGAGGAUUGAAGAUUCCUUCAACGUUGGUGACCUCCCCCCGCCGUCCGUAAGAAGAAAAAUCAGCGCGAGAUCGACUGUACCUGAGGUGGACGUUCAUCUCAGCACGAGUUCUGCUGGUGGGCUGUGA